GUCAUCUCUCGCCCUCCGUAUUUCUCAUGACGACAUAUCGUCUGUGAAGAGCAGAUUCUGGAAAGCCAAGAGAGAAAGAGGAUUUACUCUUUAUUUCUAAACAACACACGAAGUAUCUGUCAUUUGAGAUAAAAAAAUAAAAAAUGGAGCCGUCAGCCAGUCCAGCGAAGGAUAACCACAGGAUGAACAGCUACAAGAACAAAGCCCUGAAUGUGGAGGAGAUGAGACGCAGGAGAGAGGAGGAGGGUGUCCAGCUGAGGAAGCAGAAACGAGAACAACAGCUGUUCAAGAGGAGAAACGUUGACAUGUUGAACGAGGAGGGAGUCAUGUUUGAGAGUCCACUGGUCGACUCGUAUGUGGACUCCACAGCCACAGAGGAAGGUGUCCUAACUAGACGCCUGGUGGAAAUGCUCUUCUCAGAGGACCCAGAGCUCCAACUCACCACCACACAGACGUUCAGGAAACUACUGUCCAAAGAACCCAAUCCACCUAUUGACGAGGUCAUCAACACCCCAGGCAUUGUAGAGAGGUUUGUAGAGUUCCUCAAGAUGAGCGUCAACUGCACAUUACAGUUUGAGGCAGCCUGGGCCCUGACCAACAUAGCAUCAGGUACAUCCAUGCAGACUAACAUAGUAAUCGAGGCAGGAGCAGUCCCCAUCUUUAUAGAACUACUCAACUCGGACUUUGAAGAUGUUCAGGAACAGGCAGUGUGGGCGUUGGGUAACAUAGCAGGGGACAGUGCAGUGUGCAGAGACUAUGUACUCAACUGUAAUAUCCUGCCACCACUAUUAAUGCUUCUGACUAAAUCCACCAGACUGAGCAUGACCAGGAAUGCAGUGUGGGCUCUGUCUAACCUGUGCAGGGGGAAGAGCCCCCCACCUGUAUUUGAGAAGGUGUCCCCUUGUCUACAGGUCCUGUCUAGACUGUUGUUCAGCAGUGAUUCAGAUCUGUUAGCAGAUGCUUGCUGGGCUCUGUCUUACCUCUCUGACGGACCCAACGAGAAGAUCCAGGCUGUCAUCGACUCCGGCGUCUGCAGGCGCCUCGUAGAGCUGCUCAUGCACACGGACUACAAGGUGGCGUCUCCUGCUCUGAGAGCAGUGGGGAACAUCGUCACGGGAGACGACAUCCAGACCCAGGUGGUGUUGAACUGUUCAGCCCUGCCCUGUCUGCUCCACCUGCUGAGUAGUCCUAAAGAAUCCAUCCGGAAAGAAGCCUGCUGGACCGUCUCCAACAUCACCGCUGGCAACAGGGCUCAGAUACAGACGGUGAUCGACGCCAACAUCUUCCCUGUGCUGAUCGACAUCCUGCAGAAGGCAGAGUUCAGAACCAGGAAGGAAGCAGCCUGGGCCAUUACUAACGCCACCUCUGGAGGAACACCAGAACAGAUCAGGUACCUGGUGAACCUGGGCUGUAUCAAGCCUCUGUGUGACUUGUUGACCGUGAUGGACAGUAAGAUAGUCCAGGUGUCUCUGAACGGUCUGGAGAACAUUCUGCGACUGGGAGACCAAGAGGCCAAGCAGGAUGCAGGACCCAGUGGUACUGGCGUCAACCCCUACUGCUCUCUCAUAGAGGAGGCCUAUGGUCUGGAUAAAAUCGAGUUCCUUCAGAGCCAUGAGAACCAAGAGAUCUACCAGAAGGCCUUUGAUCUGAUAGAGCACUACUUUGGAGUGGAGGAGGAGGACCAGAACCUGGCUCCUCAGGUAGACCAGGUCAACCAGCAGUUCCUCUUCCCCCAGCAGGAAGCACCCAUGGAGGGCUUCCAGCUAUAAUGCCCUCCCUUCCCUUUGGUUCAUCCAAACAUCACUCAUUUACCCAUGGAUCCCAUUGGAAGGCUUUCGGUUGACUUCUUCCCCCAUAUCCCCUACCAAUGGAGGGUUUUGAGGUAAAUUAGGGUUCCUGUGUCCCUCCAACCACCACCUAUAUGCCCCAGCCCGUGGCUAGCUCUGCUACCCCAACCUCUACUGAUGCAGGGUCUCCGGUGCCCUAUCCUUUGUCCACUGUGACCUUCCAGGCUCAACUGUGGAAGAUAGAACGUUGUCCUCUGCCUCCUAUCCCAUGGAAGGCUUUAUCCAACCUAUAUUACCCAAUCCCCGUGAGCGUGUCUCUACCUACCCAAACAGAUCAGACACUUCUAACAGAACACCACGCCUCGGCUGAGGAGCCAAUCGGAGAGCUGAACUCGCACCACAUGACCUGAUGAUUUAAAACACAGCUCUUCCAGAUCGGUGAUCACACACCAGGGCAGGUUUGAAACGCGUAGAUACAUUGAGAAAUACCCCCAGUACUGUUGAUAGUCCUGAUUUUCUUCUGACAGUAGCAGUGGCUUGUUGUGGAUUUUACUGCUCCCCGUCAGCCCGUAGGGAUGACCUUUAGGAUGUGGGGGGGUCAAAUCUGACCUCGAGUGAUGAGUGUUAUUUCACUUAUUUAUCCUUUCCCCUCAUUUAGCUUUUGUCAGCCCUGUCCCCCCCCCCAGCCUGUUCUGAAGACUAGUGUCCCCAGACUGAAGACUUCCUUACCUACUGUUAGCAAUAGAACUCAGAGGCCAAACCCUCAUUCACAUUGGUUUCUGUCUAAUCAGACAUACAGGGUUCCACUAAAACAAUUCUGGGGAUUCUUAGUAAUUCUAGAAUUCUGGUUUGGAGUGUUGACCCAAGGUUCUCUCCUUCUAGAACUGACGGUCCUUUCUCUACUAUUUAAUUUCUUGCAACUUUUUUUUUUGUUUGCGACAGAUGAUUUCUUGGACCUGGGGAGGGAUGGCGAGGGUGGAGCAACAUGUUGGGGUCUAAAUCGUAAAAUCAGGAAAACUUCUGGGCGUCGAGUGGGAUGGGGAAGGGGAUUUAAGGUGAGGGGGGGGGGGGGGGUCCAUAUUGAAUCGUAUAACAGUUAAAAUACCUAGGUUGCUAGCUUGAUCUGAAGUUGAUAUAGCUAGAGAUAUAAUGUUCGUUGUGUGCUGUGUUCUUAAUAACGAUAGAUUUGAAUUAUGACGUGAUUCUAGCUAUUAAAACGGCAGACCGCUGGGGGGGCGAGGGGCUA